AUGCAGCGCUUUAUCUCGUUAUUGCUGAUCCUUGCGAUACACCAAUCUAGUUCCUUCGUCCUCGACGGUUCUUCGAACUCUUACUCCCAGUUCCGAAAGUGGGGUGGUGGUACCAAUGGAACUCUAGAAUUCGAGUUUAAAACCGACCAACCAAACGGACUUUUACUCUACACAGAUGACGGAGGAACUUAUGAUUUUUUCGAGAUCAAACUCGUCGAAGGAGCAUUAAGACUCCGAUAUAACCUCGGUGGUGGAGCUCAGAUCAUCACCGUAGGUAAAGAAUUACAUGACGGUCACUGGCACAAAGUUCAGGUGCAGAGACACGAAGAACGUACGAUUUUGACGGUGGAUGGGGUGUCGCAGAUGCGUACUUCCAGAGGGAAGGAGUUCAAUUUCGGGAAGUUUGAGACGAAUUCGGACGUGUAUAUCGGGGGUAUGCCGAAAUGGUACAACAAGAAGUUGGCGUUGUUGGCGUUGCCCAGUGUGAUCUUCGAGCCGAGGUUCAUGGGAGCGGUGAGGAAUCUGAUUUAUCCGGAUCAGGAGGCGGGGACUGCAAGGAGGCAGGAGACUAGGCCUAAGGAUCACCGGUGUGACGGACCUAUUGUUGCCGGGACUGAAACUAUAUGCCUACCCCAAUCAAGGAUACUGCGAGGAAACAGUAGUGAUGCUUGCGAAGUCCGAGAUCCCUGUCAACAUGGAGGAAUAUGCAUAUCAACUGACAGUGGUCCCAUCUGUGAAUGUCGCAAUUCAGAUUACGAGGGUGAAUUCUGCGAGAAAGAUAAGGCGCCGUCAGAAGCUGUUUUCCGCGGCACCGAAUUUUUAUCGUACGAUCUGAGCCAAACCGGAGGGGAGCCCAUUGUCAGCGCCCAGGAUACCAUUACAUUGUAUUUUAAGACGCGCCAGCCGAAUGGCCUGCUCUUCUACACCGGUGAAGGCAGUGAUUAUCUCAAUGUCGCUAUCAAGGACGGCUGUCUCAGUCUGACUAUGGGCUUAUCAAAUGGGAAGCAAGAGAUGCAGAUCAAGCCCAACAAAGUGCGUUUCGAUGAUAAUCAGUGGCACAAAGUGAGCGUUCACAGGCGAAUACAAGAGAUUUCGGCGAUUACCAGCUUUUGUAGGCUCUCGGCGGUGGUGGACGGAGUGUACGCCGACCAUUCCCACAUUGCCGGCAAAUUUACGAUGCUCUCCUCCAGCCGUGUGUACGUCGGCGGCAGCAUAAAUACCAGAGCCCUGCCCGGCGCCAGGGUGCACAACAAUUUCGUCGGAUGCAUGAGGAAGGUGGAAUUCGUGGCGGACACGUUAAGGCUGAAUUUACUGGAGCUGGGCCGGUCGGGCAGCCAUCUGAUCCAGGUGGCGGGCCGGCUCGAUUACAAGUGUCCGACGGGGGAGACGCACGACCCCAUCACGUUCACCACGAGGGAAUCGCAUUUGAUCCUGCCGACGUGGAACGCGAAGAAGUCUGGAAAUAUUUCAUUUAAAUUCCGCACUAACGAAGCCAACGGCCUGAUACUGUUCAGUUCUGGAACGCCGCCUAGGACCGAUCUUUUUGCUGUUGAAAUCUACAAUGGCCACAUCUACGUCCACUUGGACCUAGGCACCGGACCCUCAAAACAAAGAGGUUCUAGAAGACGAAUAGACGACGGUACCUGGCACGAAGUAAUGUUCAGAAGAGCCGGACGGGAAUCGAGGAUUACAGUGGACGGAUUCCACACGGACUUUAAAGCUAUGGAAGGAUCGGCAACGCUGGAGCUAGAAAGCAACCUGUACAUCGGCGGCUUGGGUCCGCCCUUUUCCGAAAUCAUGGUUCCGGCCGGACUCUGGACUGCGGUGUUGCAACAAGGCUUCGUCGGAUGUUUCAAGGACCUCGUCAUGAAUAAUGAACCGGUCGACGUGGCCGGUUUUGCCAGAGAGCAGGAUUCAGGUUCAAUAAGGACAUUGUGCCACACGCAGCCUCAGCAGUGUCCAUCUCAGCCUUGCUUAAACGGAGGAACCUGUUUGGAAGGAUGGAACCGGUUUAUUUGUGAUUGUACCAGUACCAUGUUUGCUGGUCCAACGUGUGGAAAGGAGGCCGCAACCCUCAACUUUAACGGAUCCUCGCACAUGGCAGUGACGAUGGACGGCGAGAUGGUCACCCAAACGGAAGACAUCGUUCUGCGAUUCAGGACGAGUAAGCCGCUGGGAUUGCUGCUGAUCUCCAGCACGCUGGAAACGGGGGACAGGAUCGAGUUGGCGGUGGCCGCGGGCAGGAUCCGUCUCGCCCUUAGGCUGGACGUCAAGGAGAAGAGGAAGGAGGACCGGGAAAAGGAUAAGAUAUUAUUAGCUGGACAAAACGUCAAUGACAAUGAAUGGCACACUGUAAGGUUUUCCAGGCGAGGAUCUAACCUGAAACUACAGCUAGAUAACCAGUCUCCAAUCAGAGGUUAG